CGAGGAGGACGGGCACGUACGCGGCGUUGACGAGGGCCUGGGUCGCGGGGCCGGAGCCGGAGCCGGAGCCGGUGGGAUCGGCGCCUUGCUGCCGCUGGAUGGCGACGCGGAGGCUCUCGCGCGCGAAGAAGAGUACGGAGAGAUGGUAGGCCUCCAGCUGAGCCGACACGCCGAGCAGGGAGGCUGUGAGAUACCGUAGGAGAACCUGGUUUGCGACAAAGGUGAUGGCGCGGGAGGUCACCUGGAGGAGGAUGAGGAGUGACGCGCCGCGGACAGCUACGCCGCCGCCGCCGCCGUCACUGCUACUCAUCGAGGAUCAGAAGAGGCGUUCGGAGGGUUCGGGGAUAUGGUGCCGAGAGAUUGGGGUCGCGCAGUUGGUGUCGAGUGGCCUUGGCGUGGGAAGUUUAAAAUCCUUGGGAGUUGGAGCUUCAAGUGUUGAAAAGACAGGUGGGAGGCUAGGCGUGAUUUGAUUGGUCAAUAUGGCCUGUGCUUGGCUCCUUGCCCCAUAUUUUAUACUGCGGGCGGCCCCUGCCCCACAAACGCACAUACUGCAUUGGAUGCUUGAUCCUCUUUCGACUUCAUCAGGUAAACCCAGGUGCAUUCCUCAAAAGUCCCCUUACCUGCCUCCCCACCUCAAGUUCCACAUCCGGGGAGGAAAGAUUAUCCACCAUGCAAAGAACGUUGGCGGCGGCAGAGAACAGGUCUUCCGGCUUCCCUUCUAUGAAUCGCAGGGCUGCCAUGUCCUUAACGGAGCUAGAGGCCAGGUAUUCAUGCGGAAGUAUACCAUUAUCCCAGUACCGCACGUGUUUGGUAUGUAUAAGUUUGAUGGCCACCAACAAUUGUCGUAGCGGAGAGCGCAGGUAGCAACAUUAAGGCCUGCUACAAUCAGGUAGUCCCGCACAGGUCAAGACCACAAAUUGGGCCUCUUUUGAUGGCACCCGUGGGUUAUCGUAGACAGCUUCGAAGUCUGCCGGAUUCAUUGACUUGCUCCCUCUAGGCUCCAGCCUCGCACAUUGCCUCAGUAUAGU